AUGGACAAGCCACGACCUAGUAAAAAACGUAAGGUUAAAGAUGAAAAUCGGCAGUUUCAAGAAAUUUGGACUGAGAAAUACUUUUUUGUAUGGUCGCAUAACAAAGUCGUUUGUUUAAUUUGCAAGAAUUUUGUUGCGAUUGAAAAGGAAUAUAACGCAAAAAGGCACUAUGAAACGCAGCAUCCUACUUUUACCAAGUUUACAGGCGAAUUAAGAAAGCAAAAAAUGUUGUCUUUAAAACGGGAGCUUAUUGGUCAGCAAGCUAUGUUUACAAAACCCAUUCAAGAUUCAGAAACAGCUACAGAAGUAAGUUAUGAAAUUUCUAGAAUGAUAGCAAAGCGAAGUCGCCCCUUCAAUGAUGGGGAUUUUGUAAAAGAAUGCAUAGGAAUUGCCGCUAAGAAAAUGUGUCCAGAAGCAGCAAAAAAGUUUGAGAAAAUUCAACUGUAUCGUAUGACUAUCCAAAGACGAAUUAUGUAUUUGUCAGGUAAUAUUGCGGAACAAUUAAAUGAAAAAACUAAGAUCAUUGAAUUUUUUUCAUUAGCACUCGACGAAUCCACUGAUAUUAGUUCUACAGCUCAACUUCUGAUAUUUAUACGAGGUGUUACUCAAGAUUUUGAACUCUUAGAAGAGUUAUUAGGAAUGUGUUCAUUGAAAGGUCAAACCAGAGGAGUUGAUAUACUCAGUGUUGUUUUGGAUGAGUGUUAA